AUGGCAAUUCCAGACCACCACCAGGGAAAAUGGUAUAAUGCGAAGGCAGGAUACGGUUUCAUCACGGACCAACGAACGGGGAGAGACGUCUUUGUACACGCCACAGGACUCUCGAGGCCUCUUAAGGAGACUCUGCCAACGGAAGGGGACAAAGUCCUUCUGAAACUUUGUGAAGGCGCAAAAGGAUCCGAGGCAAGAGAUGUGGCUUGGGACGGACCACCUUAUCGUCAACCAACAAAAAAGAAGACGAAGACAAAGAUACCACACAGAACUGAUGAGAAGGACGUGCAGGCAAAAAUAUGGGCUUGCAUAUACACAGCCAAGGCCAUUGCAGGAGUGGACAACCGCCGACUACAAGACCUACUUCCGCUACUCCUGCAGCACAACGGCCUUCCUGCUAUUUACAUUCCCAGGACUGCCUUUGACGUCCCCCACCGCUCCAUGCAGAGGCCAACACGUCGAGCCCCUCCAGCUGACCACCGUAGGGAGGCGCUCGAUGUGGACGAGCACUGCCAAAACCAAACAAUAGUUGAGGUGGAGGGAGUUGAACCAAAGGUGGAAGAAGAAGAGGAAGAUAAAGAGAUCGAUGUCAAACAUGUUGAAGAGGACGACAACAUGGAGUACGGUGACGAAGAUGAAGAACAAGAACGUGUGCACGUCACAGCAAAGACAGGAACAGCCGACACACCUCAGCCCACCCCACGGACACGGGAGACUAGAUCGUCGCCAGCCGCAGUCAAAAGAACAGCCCAGUCACCCACUGCAGACCGGGAGAAAGCUGCAAGAGAAAAACAAGAAACAAUGCGCGCGGUCCUGGCGAUGUUGGAAAAUCUUAAAAGAGCCAACCCACACGUCAUACUUCCUCCCAUAAACAUCAAGAUAGACGAAGAAGAUUCGGCUCUGCCAACACAACAAGAAGAGUGGAUGACACAAACAAAAAACAAAUAA